GCGACCCCACCAAACCCCUGCUUUAUAUAUACAGAUUACAUUAACUAGCAAUAUGACACAUAAUGCUCCAAUAUGACACUUGGCCGGGACGACAUGCCAAACCCUUCAAAAACUCCAGUUCUCAUAUUGUCAUUUUGACAUAUUGUUAUAUUGCAUAUUGCUCGCGACAGCCUGGGGGCUGAAAAUUGGCCCCGCCCGAAACGCUUUC